AUGACUUUCCCACUUUCAAAAAAGUAUGAGAAAUCUGAUGUUGCAGUUGCAAAAGUUGAAUCGAAUAAAGGCAAGGAUGUUCAGAGUGAGAAAUCUCAAGAUAUAAUUGCUGCAGAACCAUAUCCAAGUAACGAUGAAAAGAAGGAAACAUUUUGGUCAAGAUUUAGAUUUUCGGUUGAUACAACUGAUCAUCCACCACAAAUUUUCAACAAGACGUUGUACUUGAGUAUAUUUGUUUUUGGAAUGUUUGGUGCAGGUAGAGGUUUAGAUGAAGGUAAUAUUUCUGGAAAUAUUGCCCUUCCUGCUUUCAAACAAAGGUUUGGGUUAAGUGACGAAUCAAAAUCAGAAGAUCAAAUUGCAAACUUGAAAUCAAACAUUACUUCGAUGGUUCAAUUGGGCUCUAUUGGUGGUGCCAUCAUUGCUAUGAAAUCGGUUGAUUUCUUUGGUAGAAUUAGAGCCAUGCAAUUGGUUUGUAUUCUUUGGGUUGUUGGUGUCAUUAUCGAGAUUACUUCGACUUCUGUUGGUCAAUUAUACGCUGGUCGUUUGAUCGAAGGAUUAGCUAUUGGGCAGACCACAUCUAUUGGUCCUGUUUACAUGUCCGAGGUUGCUCCAAGUCCUAUUCGUGGUAUGGCUAACUGUAUUUUUGCUGGUGCUGUGUAUUUGGGUAUCAUGUUGAGUUAUUUUGCCAAUUAUGGUUCAGCCUUGCAUAUUCCCAAUGAGAGAAGUGAUGGAUCACCUAAUGAUAAGCAAUGGAGGGUUACCUUGUCUACCAAGAUUAUCAUGGCCGGUCUCAUCUUUAUUACUUCAUUCUUUUGGUGUGUUGAAAGUCCUCGUUGGUUGUUAAAACACGGCAAGUCUCAGGAGGCGAUUGAUAAAUUAAGUAAAUUGAGACAUUUACCCAACGACCAUCCAUAUAUUAUUGCUGAGAUCAGUGACAUCAAUGAACAGGUGAUGGCCGAAAAGGAGGCUACUAAAAACCAAUCUUUGUGGACUAAGUUCAAACAAAUCGUUACAGUAAAGAGUAUUGCAUACAGAUUUGUGUUCAUUGCUGGUGCAACUCAAGUGUUGGGUCAAUGGAGUGGUGCUAAUGCUGUUACAAUCUAUGCCUCAGAAUUAUUUUCUUUGAUUGGUGUUACUGGUAUUGAUACUUUGAAAAUGUCGGCUGUUUUGGGUGUUGUUAAGUUUGUUUCUGCAUAUCUUUCAGCAUUCUUUAUCAUUGAUAUCUUGGGUAGAAAGAGAGCUAUUUAUAUUGGUAUUUGUGGUCAAAUGAUGUGUUUGUUAUACUAUGCCAUUUUCUUGACAGUGGUUCCAGAAGCUGCUGAAACUGGUGUUGUCAUCACUGGAUCUGCUAAAAGAGCAAGUCAAGGUGCAUUAGCUGCUAUCUUUUUGAGUGGUACUUUCUGGACAGUUGGAUUCAAUUCAAUUCAGUACUUGAUUGGUGGUGAAAUUUUCCCUCUUGGUAUUAGAUCAUUUGCUCAAUCUUUGGUUAUGAUUUUACAUUUUGCUAAUCAAUAUGGUAACUCCAAGGCAUUACCCAAGAUGAUGAUAGCUAUGAAUUCAUAUGGUGCUUUUUACUUUUUCGUUGGUGUGUUAACCAUUUCACUCGUGUGGGCUUUCUUCCUUCCUGAAUUGAAAGGUAGAAGUUUGGAAUCAAUCGAGGAAGUGUUUACAUUGCCAUGGUAUGACUUGAGACGUUGUAAUAAAUUGGUUCCUGAUCAUUCACAAAUUCACAAGGUUAAAUACACCAAUAGCAGAGGAAACACUGGAUUUGAACAUAUUCAUUUUGAUUUAGAAAAGAAUAAGCCAAGUGUUGAAUUGGUUGAAGAUUUGGUGAAGCAUGAUGAAAACAAGGAAUCCAAUGUCGAUAGAUCUAGAAGGGACCAUGAUGAAGAUGACGAUGACGAUGAUGAGAAGAAGGUUUAG